UAUCGACACAGCUUCCUGAUGAUUUACCAGGACUAAAAAUCCAGCUUUCCUCAAUUUUCUGUUUUGUACAUGACCUGGUUAUGUGAUCACAUGUAUGAAGUGCAGAUUGGCAAAGGAGAUUAAACUAUUUCUUCAGACUGAGAGUCUCCAAUGAUGAAGUUCUUUAGCCCAGACAUGAAGUGCUCUGCUCUUGUAAUCCUGAUGAUCAACAGCUUCUGUGUCUUCUCACAAAUUCCCCAUGAAUUUCUCUACGUUGUGGGUUGCUUUGAAAACGGGACAACUGAAGUUCAGUAUGAGUAUGAUGCUGAGGAGAUGUUAUACAUGGAUUUUGACAGAGAUGAGGUUGUUUACACUGUGCCCACAUUUCUUGUGGACGACCCAAGUAAACUCUUUGAGAAUUUGCACAUAUAUCUAGACGCUAAGAAAGCCAAGAGAUCAUGUAAAGCGAUUGUGGUACUCUGCAAAGAGGAGGAGGAAGACCCAACAGAGGAAAGUGACCCCCCUGAGAGCAUCAUCUACCCUUCAGAGGAAGUUGAGCUGGGAGUUGAAAACAGCCUCAUCUGCUUUGUGAAUCAUUUCUACCCACCUGAGAUCAAAGUCACCUGGACCAGAAAUGGUCUCCCAGUUUCGGAGGGGGCGUCACUCAGUCGGUAUUAUCCCAAUAAUGAUCAAACCUUUCAUCAGCUCUCCACCCUGACAUUCACACCGAGGGAGGGAGACAUUUACAGCUGCACUGUGGAGCACAUGGCCCUGGACAGGCCUCAAACAAGGAUCUGGGAACCUGACUUUAGUCAUGACAGUAGUGUGGGACCAGAUGUUUACUGUGGAGUGGGCCUGGCUGUGGGUUUGUUGGGAGUCGCAGCUGGAACAUUUUUAAUAGUUAAAGGACACCAUGGACGGUAACAUCUCUGUUUAAGAGAGAUGAAAUUGAUGAUGAUGAUGAUGAUGAAGACAACGAUGAUUUUGAAGUGCACUAUUUAUUGUCUUCUAAACCGUGAUUUGGUUUAGAGGGAGGUGUGAACAUCAGGCCUGCUGUGGCUCAUUCAAGAACGAAUCGAAUGACAUGUUUAGUUGUGGAAAAUUUACACUGUUCAAACAAAUAUUUUCUCACCAUGCGCAAAGAAAACAGAUUGUAAACUAUAUUUCAGCCUGUCAUUUACAUGUGAACACAUCUUAAUAUACUGUACAUAUGCAAGAUUAUGUUUAACUUUAAAACAAAACUACGAAAGUUUUGAGGGAGGAAAUAACACAUUGUUCCUCUUAUUAAAGAAAUGCUGAAUUCAUAAGCAACUAGGGACCAUCAACAUAAAAGUAGUCACUGAUUUGAAGAGGAAAUGUUCACUGUCCAGUCUGCUGAUCAGUACUCUUUUUUAAAUGCCCUCACUCUUUGUUUCGUCUCACUCUGCAUCUGAACUGUUUAAAUAUUACUUUACAUUUUUCUUGUCUUUGAAUGACCCAAGUUGUGUGACAUUCAUGUAUCUGUGGUUACCUACAUGCUCCAGAACAGCCUCUUCCUCCUGCUUGCAUCUACAGACCUCCAUCGCCGACAGCCCAACAUAACAAAUUUCUUUUGAUGUAAGAAAAAAACCUGACAGAGAAGUUUGGUUAUAAAAUCAUGUUACCUGUUCUUUCUGCAACUUUCUCUCUCAGGUUGCAUUCUUGUACCCUUUCAUUUCUAAUUUGAGGAAGAAGUUCAGAUGAAAUUGUCACUUCCUGUCACAUGAUGCAUCAUAAAAUUUGAACCCAUUUUAA